GAGUGAUGAUGUGUCCAAAAUGGCUGACAGAAGAUGGUUUUGAGACUCAGCUGGCUGUCAAUCAUCUGGGUCACUUCUUAAUGACCAAUCUGCUGCUUCCGAAACUGAAGAGCUCCGCCCCCAGUCGAGUGGUCAAUGUGUCAUCCAUCGCCCAUCGGGGAGGUCGUCUCGACUGUGACGACCUGUUCUUCAGCAGGAGGCCGUACAGCUCACUGGAGAGCUACCGACAGAGCAAACUGGCCAACGUCCUGUUCUCCAGAGAACUGGCCCGACGACUCAGAGGUUCUGGAGUGUCGUCGUUCUGUCUCCACCCGGGUGUUAUCCGGACUGAACUGGGUCGUCAUGUUCAGGGCUGGUUCCCCCUGCUGGGGGCGCUGCUGAGCCUCCCCUCCCUGCUGCUCAUGAAGACUCCCAGUCAGGGCGCUCAGACCAGCAUUUACUGCUCCAUCACACCGGGUCUGGAGGAACGAUCCGGAUGCUACUUCAGUGACUGUGCAGAGAAGGACGUCGCUCUGGAGGGGCGGGACGAUGCUGUGGCAAGGAGGCUGUGGGAGGAGAGCGCCCGAUUGGUUGGAUUAAAGGACACGUGCUGACUUCUGGGAACGGCAGGGGGAAGUGAAGGAUCAGACAACAGCGCCCCCAUCGGGGAAGAGCACCAGCAUCACUGUAAUUGACAUCUGACUAGAGCCAA